AAAGGGCUGCGUUUUCUGUAGAUCAGCAGUCAGUGGAGCUUCAGUCUCGCAAGGGGUGAUAUAUAAAUCGCUUAGCGCGGAAUUCGAGUAGAAUCUAUAAUUUUAAAUAUAAUUUCAUUUAUGUACACAACUCGGAUAACCAAACAUUAACACCAUAUUAGUCCUCAAAAAUGGGGAUAAUUAUGGAAUAGGCAGGCGAUUUCCAUAGGAAUAUAUCACUCGCAAUGGAGAACAAUUACACGGACGUACUGUACCAGUACCGUCUCGCCCCAUCGGCCAUCCCCGAAAUGGAAAUGGAACUGGUGGGGCAACAGCGCCACCUGCCGGUGAACGACUCCCAGCAGUUGGAGCUUCCCGACUACGGUAACGCCAGUCUGGACUACGCCAACUUUCAGCAAAUGGACGGUCCUUGUCGCACGGAGGACAACAAUAUCAGCUACUGGAACCUCACCUGCGAUUCCCCUUUGGACUACGCCAUUCCGCUCUACGGCUACUUCAUGCCCUUCCUGCUGAUCACCACCAUCAUCUCGAACUCCCUGAUCGUCCUCGUCCUGAGCAAAAAGAGCAUGGCCACGCCCACCAACUUUGUACUGAUGGGAAUGGCUAUAUGCGAUAUGCUGACUGUUAUAUUUCCGGCACCGGGCCUCUGGUAUAUGUACACAUUCGGCAAUCAUUAUAAGCCCCUGCAUCCGGUAUCCAUGUGUCUGGCCUACAGCAUUUUCAAUGAGAUUAUGCCAGCGAUGUGCCACACCAUCUCCGUUUGGCUAACUCUGGCCCUCGCCGUGCAAAGAUACAUCUACGUGUGCCACGCCCCCAUGGCCCGCACGUGGUGCACGAUGCCGCGUGUGCGACGGUGCACGGCCUACAUAGCCCUGCUGGCCAUCCUCCAUCAGUUGCCCCGUUUCUUCGAUCGCACCUACAUGCCCCUGGAAAUCGAGUGGAAUGGGAGCAUGACUCAGGUGUGCCACUUGGAGACGGCGAUGUGGGUGCACGAGUAUAUCGGCGUGAAUCUGUACUAUACCAGCUACUAUCUGUUUCGGGUGCUGUUCGUCCACCUUCUGCCCUGCAUCAUCCUAGUGACGCUAAACAUCCUGCUCUUCGCAGCGAUGCGGCAGGCGCAGGAGCGACGAAAGCUUCUGUUCCGCGAGAAUCGGAAGAAGGAGUGCAAGAAGCUAAGGGAGACCAACUGCACCACUCUGAUGCUAAUCGUGGUGGUUUCGGUCUUCCUCCUGGCCGAAAUUCCCAUUGCCGUCGUCACCGUAAUGCAUAUCGUCAGCUCGCUGAUCAUCGAGUUCUUGGACUACGGCCUUGCCAACAUCUGCAUCAUGCUCACGAACUUCUUUCUGGUCUUCAGCUAUCCGAUUAAUUUCGGUAUUUACUGUGGGAUGUCGCGUCAGUUUAGGGAGACCUUCAAGGAGAUAUUCUUGGGCAGGCUAAUGACCAAGAAGGACACCUCCACCAAGUACUCGAUCGUCAAUGGAGCACGCACCUGCACCAACGAGACGGUCCUCUAGUAAUUGGUGAUGUUGGUGCCGCGGCGGGGCAGCAGCGACCACCGUAGAGGUGCCAGCACUACUAGAACCACCACCACAACCACAAUUAUCGGUGGUGGUGGGGAGCCCACGCAGCAGCACCAGCAUCUGGUAACGACGCAUCACCUGCAGACGCAUCCACAGCCGACCCAUCAGCAGAGAAGGGUCAGCACCAUGGACAUCAUCAGCGAGGAGCGGAAUGUCUAGAUUGUAGAGCUUGAAAAAAUAUCAAUAUUUUGAUAUUUAUCGAUAUUUUUCAAACAGUUUAUGAUAAUUUAAAAUAUCGAUUCAAAUAUAUCGAUAAUUUGCAAGCUCUUA